AUGCAUCUGCCAAAACUGAAGGACGCUGACUCAUUUCCACUGUGGGAUUUUGAAAUCAAGAUUCUGAUGCGUGCAGAAGAACUGAUAAACAUCGUUGAUGGCAGCGACUUGUUAAGUGACCAAGGAAGAGACAAAGAAAAUACAAGGAAAUGGAAGAUGCGAGAUGCAAAGUGCCAAUACUACAUAGUGAGAAGGAUAGAGAAGACCCACAUUGUGACAUGCACAACCGCGAAAGAAAUGUACGACACCUUGAAACAAAUUUAUCAGCGAGACACCUCUCAACAGAAGUGCCUUCUGGUACAAGACUUAUACACCUUCAAGUAUGACAAAACUAAGGAUAUUAUGACGAAUAUAAGUCAUGUGCAGAACAUUGCCUUCAAGCUUCGUCAACUGAACCCAAACGUUGAUGAAAACAUGACCAUGACAAAAAUAACAACGAUUCUACCAGAAGACUACAAACACUUCAGCACUGCCUGGGACUCAACGGCGACUGUGGACAGAACCCUUGACAACCAGGUGGCCAGAUUGAUGUUGGAAGAAGUGAAGUGCAAGAUGACUAAAUAA